UGUAUUAAUUGAAUGCAUUACAAUAAUCACAACAGCAAGACAUCUGAUGCAGAAGGUGAGAUUUAGAAAUGGAAGGAUAGAGCGUUGAAAUUAGAAAGUGGAUUUAAAGUAUAAGAAAUGAUUUGAUUUAGGAAUUACAAUAAUUGAUGGAUGAAACAGAUGAUAUGAGGAAUAAUUUAGAGAAAAAAAUAAUGGAAAACCAAUAGUUAGUGAUUGAGAAUAGCAGAUUGAAAGAAAGAUUGCAAAAUAUAGAUGUUUCUGAUAAAGUAUUUUCGAACAAGUUAUUCGAUGAUCAUGAUAUCAAAGAAAAGGAAUUCAUUAUUUAGAAAUUGGAGUAAGAGAUAAUAGAUAAGGAUAAUCAGAUUUUAAAAUUCAAAAGAGAAAUAGAAUCGAUAAAUGUAUAGGAAAUUUAAAUAUUUAGAGAAGAUCAAAGUUAAAGGAAGAGGAAUUACAUAGACAAUAUUAAGCUAAGCUAGAAGAUUUACAAAUACUAUAUAAGAAUGAUACUAGUGAUAGCCAAUAAUAGAAGUUCCUAAUGACUAAGAAAAUGGCUGAAAUGGAAUAAGUAUUUCAAAUUAUUAUUUCUAAUUAGCUUCUAAGUUUCAGAACUGAGGAAAAUUCAUUGUUGGUGAAUGAAUUAAAUCUUAAAAAUGAGUAAAUAGUUGAAUUGAAUAAUCACAAUAAAUUGAUUGUUGAACUAAAAAACAAAGAAUUCAAAGAUUCACAAAUAUAAUAUCAGUUAUCCACUUAACAAUAAAUAAAAUAGAUGGAAGAAUCUAUUGCAUAAUAUAAAAGAAGUUAAGACUCAAAUUUAAGUGAGAUUGAACAAUUACUCUAAUUUAAGCAAUAAGUGACACUUAAAAUAAAUGAUGUAUAAAACCAUUUUAUUCUUUUUUUAGCUCUCAUCAACUAAUUAGCAUCUAUUAAUUGAAAAUGAGAGUUUGAAAUCGACUCUUUUGUUAUUCCAAAAACAAAAAGAUUAGGAUGAUUAUAUGUAUGAAGAUUAGAAAAAGAAAGAAUCAUUACAUAUAAAGAGAUACUAUGAAACAUUAUUAGAAUAAGUAGAGAAGGAAAAUAGAAGUUUAAGAUUAUUAUUAGAAUAAAAGAGUAGGGAAUUGGAUGAUUUAUGGAAUUAAAGUAAAAGAUAUUGA